UUGCCCUGCAAUCUUUGCAAAAGCCUUCGUGCACCUUGUACCCCUCUCACAGAUGCGUAACGCUAGGACUCUGCUUUCUAUAAGGGCUGUUGCCUGCUCUGUAUUUUGAAGAUUAGCUCCUAGCAAAAAGGAUGAUGCAAAAAAGACAGCUUCUGAAAUCCUCCUGUCCUAUGUCUGUCAGAGCAUCCUGCAUCUGCUGACCUCUCCUUUUCCCCUUCUCUCAAGCUUUCCUUUCUGUGCCUUGCUCUCCUCCAUGCCUGGAAAUGGGUAGAAUUUUGCUUUUGGUUAUGAUGUCUUCAUUUUUCAACCCAAGCUUUGCAUUUAGCUCCCACUUCGACUCCGACGGAUCGCUGCUGAACGAGCUGUCCUGGCCAUCUUCUCUAGCUGUGGUAGUGGUUUCGUUCUCUGGCCUGAUCACCUUCAUCUUCCUCAUGCUGGCUUGUCUUUGCUGCAAGAAAGGGGACAUUGGCUUCAAGGAGCUGGACAAUGUGGAGGGGGAAGAUUACACCACUGAGUUUUCCUCUCAAAGUACUCCAGCCGCACAGAAUGGACCUGAGGUUUAUGUUCUUCCUCUUACUGAGGUCUCCGUACCAAUGUCAAAACAGCCUGGGAGAUCAGUCCAGCUUCUCAAAUCCACAGAUCUGGGCAGGCAGAGUCUGCUGUACCUGAAGGAAAUUGGUCAUGGCUGGUUUGGCAAGGUUCUACUUGGAGAGGUGAAUUCGGGUCUAAGCAGCACUCAAGUGAUUGUGAAAGAGUUGAAGGUCAGCGCCAGUGUACAGGAGCAGAUGUUGUUCUUAGAGGAAACACAGCCAUACAGAGCUCUUCAGCAUGCCAACCUCAUCCAAUGCCUGGCACAGUGUGCUGAGAUCACCCCUUACUUGCUGGUCAUGGAAUUUUGUCCAUUGGGGGACCUUAAAGGCUACUUGCAGAGCUGUGCUGCCACUGAGUCCACGGCCCCAGACCCCCUGACUCUGCAGAGGAUGGGCUGUGAGAUAUGCUGUGGGCUGCUGCACUUGCACAGGAACAACUACACUCACAGUGACCUCGCUCUCCGGAAUUGUCUGCUGACUGCGGAUCUGACUGUGAAAAUAGGAGACUAUGGGUUGGCACAUUUCAAGUACCGGGAUGAUUACCUUGUGACGUCAGACCAGUUGUGGGUGCCGCUGCGCUGGAUCGCACCGGAGCUCAUUGACGAGGUGCAUGGGAACCUGCUUGUGGUGGAUCAGACAAAGGCUAGUAACGUCUGGUCCCUGGGAGUAACACUAUGGGAGCUGUUUGAGUUGGGCCGUCAGCCGUACUACGAGUACUCAGACAGGCAGGUCCUGAGCUAUGUUAUCAAGGAGCAACAACUUAAGCUGCCCAAACCUCAGCUCAAGCAGCUGCUGUCAGAUCGCUGGUUUGAGGUGAUGCAGUUCUGUUGGCUGCAGCCUGAGCAGAGACCCACAGUUGAGGAGGUGCAUCUGCUGCUUUCGUACCUGAGCGUGAAGGGGGCUAGUGAGCUGGAGGAGGAGUUUGAAAAACGCUGGAACUCUAUGAAGCCCAAUGGGGCUGCUUGCAUCAAUGAGCACCAUGAGGCCGAGCUCUCUUCUUAUCCUCUGCUGGAGCACUUUUCUUCCGAUAGCUUCCACUCUGAUGGUGAUGACGUGCUGACAGUAACAGAAACAAGCCAGGGCCUAAACUUUGAGUAUAAGUGGGAACGAGGUCGACAUGAACAGUAUCCUUUAAGUCCUGGGUGUCAGCCAUAUCAAGAUAUGUAUUACACUCCAACAAUGGGGGAUCGGCUCAGCCUUGGUGUGUCACCAUCCUGCUAUGAGAAUAAGGAUAGUACCACAAGCUCUCGCCCACUUGAGGUGGUACCUGUUCUGAGUGCUCACAGCCCAUCUGUGGCAGGAGAUUAUUAUAUUCGCAUUGAGGAGCCUUUAAGCAGUAAUGUGGAACAAGAUUAUAGUCCAAACUCCAGAGAAGGUUCUACAAGAGAAGAAAGUUCUCCAGAUAGAGGGCAUCUGAGCAGUUCUAACAAUAGUCCUUCCAUUUCCCUGACCAUGGAACCCUUAUUAGAACAAACAUCUUUUGAGGAUAUAUGUGCUGGAAGAGGGGAUCAGGGACAAUCCACUCAGGUUAGUUCCCUAUAUUUUGAACCUUCCAGUGGAGAUGGAACAGAAGAACAUCUUCUAGAAGAGCAGGUGGAGGAAGAGACUUGUGUGGAAGCUGGUUUUGUUGAUCCCCUUGGGGCUUCUCCUUCUUUAAAGCAGCUUUGCAAGGCUCGCUUGAAUACAGCUAAGUUGGCAUUUUUAGAGAGGACAGAGUCUGAUGAGAAAAGGAGGCAGGUCUCUGUAGGGCAAACAAAUUCACUUAUGCUGAAACCCGAUAAAGGGAGAGAAAGUCCACAGUAUGGAGACUUUCAAAGGGAUGUAUCUGAAUUAACGUCAUGCUUUGCUGCCUUUUCCCCACAUUGGGCAUCAAAUAUUUCUUCCAAUAAUAACAUUUGCACUGCCCCUACAGACCAUAAUGCUGCCAUCUGGUGCAAUCAGCGUUCUGGAGACUCAGAAAAGGUUGAAACAGAGCCUUUUGGACCAGAGUGCUGGCAGAAUAUGGAGUCAGGUGAUGGUGAUAUUGGUAGUGUUUUGGAUAAUGUAGUAGAGCAGCAAUUGUCAGGUACUGAAGGAAUUCAGAUUGGUUGUGGUGAGGAAUGUUGCCGGUCGGAAAAUUCACCCAAACAGCUAUCACCACCCAUAGAAGAGUCAGGUAAAACGAUUCAGGAUGAAUUUGAUGCACCCAACACUCAGUUUGCAGAUGUCCUUCUUCAUCCUUUGGCAUCACCAAGUGAUGUAAUUAGACAUAUAAAUUCAAGAAUGGAUCCACUGGGUGCUUGUGUACCAGAACUUUGUGAUGCUACAUUUGUACCUGCGCCUUCUGAACCUCUGCAAAACCCUGACCUCUUUGAAGAUGUGAUCUCUGAUGCAGUCCCAGAAACAUUUUGCCCACUUCUGUUAUCAGACACACUCAGCAGUCAGUGUCUUUCACCCAGUGAUGAGAUCACAGAAAAAACUUUCCCAACAGACUUAUAUCAAAUACCAAGUGAUACUGAUGAUGAAGACACAAUGGAAAUUACUUCAGGAGUCUUCACUGACCUGUCUAGUGAGCGAGUAGAUGUGGCCCCAUCCUUUAGAUCUCUACAGAAACAAGUAGGGACCCCUGAUUCUUUGGAUUCUCUAGACAUGCCAUCCACUGCCAGCUCUUGUGAUGCUUUUAGUCUUGGAACAUAUGCCCCUAGCGGACAGCACAGAGCACUUGAUAGUGGCUAUGAUACUGAGAAUUAUGAGUCCCCUGAAUUUGUCUUGAAGGAACCACAAGACAACAGAGAAACUGAUACAUAUUACCAGCUUAAUCAAUCCUCAGGUAAUAGCCUGGGACCUGGGGAGAUCUCAAUGUCCCGAUCAAUCAGCAGUGAGCUAGAGGGUUUGGAUGCUAAAAACCCUUACAGAGACUCUGCAUACUUCUCUGACUAUGAUUCUUUUACAAAGGAAGAGGAGGAGGAGGCUGGUCAGGAAGAAGACAGAGAGCAGGAGGAUAGCCCUAAGGAUCACAAGGAGAGUAACAUGGGUUUGGAGACCUUAGAUUCUGUUACAAUAGAUGGUUCUGAUGUCUCCAAAACUGAACAAGAGAAUUCUGUUGAAACUCAGGAAAGUCAGGAUUCCAUGGAACUGUCUUUAGUAACUUCUUCCCCUGAGCAAAAAGAUUUUUCAUCUGAGCAGUUUCCUUUAAUAGUGAAAGAAGACUCAGUGGAUGAAGGCUUGGGCUUAGAAUGCCAUAAAGCCUCCUUUCUUGAUAAGCUAUCCCCUGUAUCAACAGUUGUAGAGUCAUCCUCUCAUAGGACCUUCUUGCUGUCCCCUGUCCCGCUGGCUCUGACCAAAAGUAGCUGUUCUAAAGUAGGAGCAUCAGGCAGUAUUACCCUUACCACUGGUUUACAAGGUGAAGACAAGGGGACCAAUUCCCAUAGAGAUGUACUGGGGACUCAUCACCUUUCAAAAUGCCUCUCACCACCACUUGUGAGAAAGGAAGCCAGAUUGGGGGAAUCUCCAGAAGAGGAAGAUGAUGAAGAAAGUGAGGACAGUGAUGAGUCUGAUGAGGAACUUCGGUGUUACAACAUUCAGGAACAAAGUGAGGAAAGUGAGGAGGAACAUGGUACUAUACCAAUCGUCAUCACAGACAGUGGUAGUUCUGGGCAUCUUCGUAGCCUUCUGAAGAUGCAUAGUUUCCAGUCUGAGUCUCUCUGUACAGAGAUGGAUCGAAAGAAGAAAGUAGUAUCCUUCUAUGAUGAUGUCACUGUUUAUCUGUUUGACCAGGAAAGUCCAACACGUGAGCUGGCAGAGCAAGAAUUCUCAGAAAUAAACCCCAGUAAUGGGCCAAAUAUUGUGAUGGAACAAGUCGAAGAUAAGGAGUCUACACAGCAACGACUUUUAACAGAGAGUGGGUUUGAGUGGGAAGAGGACUUCCCUUUCACUCCUGUGAAGACUUCAUUUGUAACAUCAUUGCCCCCAGUCUUGUUAGAUUCAGAGGUGCAUAGCAUUUCAUCCCCUGUUCCUAUACAAAAAAACACACUGCCAAUUCAGUUAUCCAGAUUCAGUGUGUCCCCGACUUCUCUAUCCCGUUUCUCCAUAACACAAGUGGCUGAUUCUGAGAUUCAAUCUGCUGGAGGUAGCAGGGAGACUGGGGAGCAGGUGUGACCGGGAGCUAUGAAGACAACUUGUUGACUUGGAGGCUUGCAUCUCAAGCCCUGAAUGGACCUUGCAUACUCUACUGAGCAUGGAGAGUACAGGAAAACAGUUAAUUGACUUUCAUGCUGCUGCUGUCCAUGGCCCAGCCACAGGUGUGGUCAUGUGUUUGAGGUCAUGGUUUGUGAUUGCAUAUUGUGGAUACUCGAUCCAAUGUAUGUGCAACUUUUUGUGUGUGUGUGUGUGUGUGUUUAUAGCUGUCUGCUAGUGCAUGAGAGAGUGUAUGAGCAUACCUGGACACGUCAUUAUGUAAAUGUGUCAUGGAUUCUUUUUAAGAAGGUAUGCUUAGUAUGGCAGCAUUUAAAGACACAUAACCAUCUCCAGUGUACUGCUCGAGCCAUUUUAUUGGGUCCUGGAUGUGCUGUACGUCUGAAUCACUGAUCAAAAGCCUGGAAUGGACAUGUUCUCCUUAUCGUUCUCAUCAUCCGUCACUAGCAUAUAGGCUGCUCUACCCAGGCUUUCUCUACCUUAGAAACAUUAGACUGUGAUAUGCACCUCCCACUUGGCAUCUUCUAUAAUGUUACAGAUUUGUGCAAACUCCUGAUGGAUUUGACUGCAGUAUUUACAUUGCUGCAGUGGAACACUUUUGUCAGUAACUCUCAGCUUGAACCUUUGUGGUAUGAAACUACUGUCCUUCCUUUUGUGCGGCCGCCUUUUAAGGCACUAUGGGGUUGCAGCACAUGGUUUACUACAAUGUAUGUAUACUUAUUUGUUGCCCAUGGAUCUGUAAGACACUACUGUUUCAUCUGUUAUGACUGGAGUUAGUGAUGGGUGCUGAAAAGGCUUGCUUCACCAUAUGACCUUGAUUGAAAUGGACUUUGAUUGUUCUCUGGAAUGGAUUUGUGCGGACACCAAAAUGUGCAGGUUACCAAUCUACUAGACUGAAGAGCUUACAGGCAAACCGUACAACAGUGAACAAAAGAAAUGACUUGACCACAGACAUUUUGCCUAACGCAGGACAUCCUCUAUCAGCUCAUACUGACAUAUUGCUAGGCGUGUCUAUAUAUAGGUAUUCUAGAUGGAUGGAUGUGUGAAUAUUUAUAUUUUGUAACAGAUUAUGAAUGAACAUUUUAACUUUACAAGUCCUGCUGUUUGUCAGUGAUCUCCUGAUCUGCAGAAUUGCAGUGUGAACCUGUGUAUAUAUUGUAAGUGAAAGGGCCAAUGUACAAAGGAUUUAUUUUUUAAAACAACCUCCAUCUUAUCCCCAUGACUGUUCUGUGUACAUAUUUACAAAUAUUUUAUUCUGUAAGCAAAUAGUGCCAAUGUAGUAACAGGAAUUAUAGAUAAAUAAAUCAGGAGCAUCAAUAUCCAAACAAGGGAAAAUAGAGAUGCACAUAUUUAUGUAUAUACACACACAUACAGAAUAUGCUAUGUGUGUAUACAUACAUACACACAAAAUAAAUGAAAAUAUAAGA